GUUGAAACUUAUACCAGCGCAGCUUGCCCAGCGUGAAACAUCGAGCUGCAGAAAUUGUGUCUUCAAUCAAGCUGAAGAAAUAGUGUGUUUAAAAAUGUCGUUUUGGGUGAUUUUGUUUGCUGCAAUUACAAGUGCAGAUGGAUACUGGUUGGAUCCAAAUCCACCGGAGAUCGUGUUGAUGCACAUCCGGUCUGAGAUCCAGUUCAGGUUCGCCACGACCCUAGUGACGAGCGUUGUCCGUAACCAUGCCAACCACACCCAAGACUCAACCUUUCAGGUCACACUGCCGGAGGAAGCCUUCAUAUCGAACUUUACUCUUGAGAUAGACGGGGUAGUGUACCCGGGCUUGGUCAAAGACAAGGAUGAGGCGCGGCGAGAUUACGAGCGAGCCAAGAAAAAGGGCCAGAGUACGGGCCUCCUCAGUCAGAAGCCACGAGACACCAAAAACUUCAAGGUUGAGAUCUCUAUUGCCAAGGAGAGCACUGUGACCUUCAAUUUGACCUACAUUGAGCUGCUUAAGAGGACGAGAGGCUUUUAUGAGCACCGGAUGUUCAUUAAACCUGGUCAACCCGUCGGCAAUUUCCAGAUCGAUGUAGCUAUUGUUGAGUCACGUGACAUAACCUACCUUCAUGUGCCACCUCUAAAAGAAUUCGCCGAACUACUUACAAACGAAAUUGCAGAGGAUGUUCCCCUGAGCGAGCCUAACGCAGAGAUUGUGCGACCAGACGACAGGAGCGCGUUCAUCACGUUCGUACCUGAAGCUGACCAAUGGGAAGAAGGGCUGCUCGGAAAGUUUGUUGUCCAGUAUGACGUUGAGAGAGGAAUGGACGGUGGAGACGUGCUGGUUGUGAAUGGUUACUUCGUCCACUUUCUUGCCCCAGAUCUCGGGGAUCCCCUUCCCACUGAUGUCUUGUUUAUCGUGGACGUCAGCGGCUCCAUGAGUGGUAAGAAGAUCAAGCAAUGCAGGGAAUCGUUGUUAUCAAUGUUAGACCAGUUGCGGAAGGGUGACCGCUUCAACAUCAUCAAGUUCAAUGAUAACAUUAAUACAUACAACAAAGACAUGGUGGACGUUGACGAUGACUCCGUACAGUCCGCCAAGACAUGGGUGAAGAAAAACAUCAAUGCUUUGGGAGGUACAAAUAUCAAUUCAGCGGUGUUAAAGGGUAUCGACACACUCCUUACGCACGCCAGGAAUGAAAGCCGGGCACCGCUUAUUCUGUUCAUGACGGAUGGAGAACCAACAAGCGGAGUCGCUAACGGCGACAAAAUCCUUACAAACAUUCAGGACGCAAACGAAGGCAGCGUGCCCAUAUUCACGCUGGGGUAUGGAAGAGGUGCAGAUUUCGGGCUCUUGAAAAAGAUGGCGGGCCAAAAUCAGGGCGUCGCGCGCAAAAUUUAUGAGGACUCGGACGCUGCGUUACAGAUUGCUGGAUUUUACGACGAGGUAUCGGCGACGUUGUUGAAUGAUGUCGAAAUCAAAUACCUUGGUGAUGGUGUAGACGACGAAUCACUCACGCGAAACGGUUUCCGGAACUACUUUCUGGGCUCCGAGAUAGUUGUCGCAGGGAAGCUGGAAGAUGGUGCCCCGCCUACUCUUAACCUUGAAAUCACAGGAGACGGCCCCACCGGAAAUAUUAUUUUGGUCGACUCGGGAUUGACAGUGAACUCGUUGCCUAAGAAUGACCUGAUAUCCGUGUCCGACCUGGAGGGUAUGACAGAGAAGCUGUGGGCGUACCUGAGUAUCAAGCAGCUUCUACUGCAGGUGGACAGUGCGAACUCCUCCAUGGCACUCGACCUCAAAGACAAGGCCAAGCAGUUAGCACUAAAGUACGGGUUUGUGACGUCACUUACAUCAAUGGUUGUGGUAAAACCUGACGUCAUCGAUGACAGACCUACUACAACCCCAGAACCAACGACGACGACAACCCGAAGAUAUAGAAAAUACAGCGGCGGUGGCGGUGGUGGUGGUGGCGGUUACGGAGGGGGAGGAGGAGGAGACCCCCACUUCAUGAUCCGAGUGCCGGAAGUAGACCACCCGCUGUGUUUUGACAUUCAUGGCAACAAUGGAGACAUUCAAAACCUUGUCACCGAUCCUAGACAUGGCAUAACAAUCAAAUCCCAACUGAAGGAAACAACUUACAAGAAUAUCCAUGGAGAAAACAAGAUUUUCAUUGGUCAGAUAUCGGUGCAGACUAAGCACCAUGUGAUUGUCUUCACUCCGGAAGCCAUUUUCUUCGACGACAAGGUGUAUACAUGGGAUGAGGAGCGAACUCGACAAUUUGGCGGCCAUGAACUGGUGAUGGUGAAGUUUGGGCGGGAAUAUUCCAUCCGCUUCCGGUUCGGAGCGGAAUUCCUCAUCAAGCGCCAUACGGGCAUUGCCGGGGUGGCCUUCCUCAACGUCUAUGUGAAGAAUGAAGAAGGAUUUAGUCCCCAGACCACUGGACUUAUUGGUCAGUUUGUGAACGGACAGAAACGAAUAAUAUACAAAAAGGAUAGUUACCAACUUGUAUCUGGCAAACAUAUGGGAAAGUUCCAGGUGCGCGAAGGACCGCGUUUCCUAGCAACACAGCUCUCCGCACCCGUCACCGGGAAACUCCGUCUUAUUGUGAAGGCAAAUCUCAUUGAACGGUCGGAGGUCGUUUCCGAGGGAUCGGAACAAUGCUGGAUGGUUCACAGGGAGUUUGAAUCUGCUCUGAUUGGUGAUAUACAUACCUACCUAUCGCAGGAAUUAAUCAGCGAGUGACGUCUGUGUGAAUUUAAACAACAUGUUUGAAACAGACAAAUAUCUGCAUGGCCGUCUGCACAUAAACUAUUUGUCCCUUAUAGCAAAAUUUUAUGCUUUGUGCAGACCACUAGAAUAAACCAUAUCGGUUUGAUUCAAAUGGCUUGUUGAACUGUGUACAUUUCUCUAAUCGGAAAGGAAUGUAAGUAGCUGCUUUGCAAUGCGGCUACUUAUAUUUUCAUUUGUAGUCAUCUAUUAUAUUUUUGAGAAAUUCCAGAACAUGAUCAGAUUUCAUCUCGGGAUUUUCACUUUUCUGUUCAUAAGUGUAAUAUGACUUAAUAAAGAGCACGAUUUCUGGUAUAAUGUUGCAUUGCUUUGAUGCUAAAUACACUUUAUCCAUUUUCUAUCAAUCCGACCUGAAAUAUAAAAAAUAAAAUAAAUGAAUCCAACUAUU